CACCUAGAAUUGGAAACAGUCUUUCCUCAAGUUUCCAGUGUCCGAAUCAUUAGCCCGCGACACAUUCUGACCCUAAAAGUAGGAAAUCGUUUCUCCCCCAACCCCGACUCGCCUCUCCCCCAUGCUGCCGCACCCAGACUCCUCCCCUCCCCGCACCCCCCCCCCCCGACUCAAGCGCUGCGUCGCUGCCUCCCGUGCCAUGGCCCCCUCCCUCCUCCAUCGCCCCCUCUUCCUCUUCCUGCUGCGGAAUCCUCCCUACGGCAUGGCGGCUAGGGUUUCCUAGUGUCGAGCCGUUCUCCUCCUGCUGUCGGAGCCAAGGCCAAGCGCGGCGAAGAAGGCAACGUCGAGCAUCACCAGGGUCAGGCGCAGUGAAGAAGGUGACGCCGAGGAGCUCCAGGGCCGGGCGUGGCAAAGAAGGCGACGUCGAGGAUCUCUAGGGCCAGCACCCCCGUCUACCUCGCCACCGUCCUCGAGUACCUCGACGCUGAGAUGACUGACAACAACAUAGACUUGGUUAAUACAAGCAUGGAGCAAAUGAGAGAGAAGCAUAGGAAGAAGAGAAAAAGAGUGGCUGUUUUAUUUGUUUCUGCUGUCAUGAGCAUGAUUGUGCACUGGUAUCAGCGUAAGAGACCUAGACAUAUCGUUGAUCCAGAUGAAGUGGCUGAGAGAGAUGUAGCUAAACGGAAACAAAUGCUAAAAAAUCUGUGCCAAGGAUCAAAUGUCUAUUGCUAUGAUAGUUUGCGCCUAACUAAGAGAUCAUUUAUGACCUAUGUGCCAUCUUACAUGAGAGAUGUGGUAUGUGUGGUAACUUAUGUGUCGGUAGAAAAAAAGUAGCAACCUUUUUGCUUGUAGUAGGUCAUGGCACUAAGCUGAGGAUGAUUCGUAGCUCAUAUGGAUGGUCACUUGAGCCAAUCUACCUUCACUUCAAUGAGGUGCUGAGAGGUAUUCUAUCAUUAUGCCAUAAAUUUAUCAAGCUUUCCGAUCCAUCAGUUGUACAACCUGAGGAUUUCAAGUGGAAGUGGUUUGAAGAUUGCCGUCACUAAGAUCAUUUUUGUUCAUUUGACUGACUAAGGGAGGUAUAGGAAUAGGAAGCAACAGAUUAUCACCAAUGUUUUGGGGUUCGUGAUCGUCACAUGAAAUUUAUUUACAUCUUAGCGGGAUGGGAAGAAUUGGCUUCAAAUUCACGUGUGCUACAUGAUGCAAUGUCUCAGGACCAUGCAUUUGUUAUUCCAAUUGGGAAAUACUAUAUAGUAGAUGCUAGAUACACCAAUGAAUCAGGCUUUCUUGCUCCAUAUCGAUCCACUCGCUACCACUUGAACGAGUGGGCUGCUCAAGGGCAUAAUCCAUCCACUACCAAAGAACUAUUCAAUUUGCACCAUUCAACAGCUAGAAAUGUGAUAGAGAGAACAUUUGGGCUAUUGAAGAUAAGGUGGGCUAUACUAAGAAGCAACUCAUAUUUUGACUUACAAAAUCAGAAUAUAGAGAAGAGCAAGAAGUCAUGCUCGGACAGGGGUUACAUUUCUUGGAAUGACGACAUGGAGAAAGCUCUUCUUGACACAUUUGUGGAGUACUAUAACAAGGGUGACAGAUGCCAAAAUGGGUGGAAGUCUCAUGUCUAUACAGCUACUCUCAAGAAUGUUCGAGAAAAAUGUCAUGUGGAUAUCACAAAAAACAACAUCAUGUUGAGGAAUAAGACCUUUAACAAGCACUACACUAUCAUCAAUGGUAUGCGUGGAUUUGGUUGGGAUUGGAACAAGAACAAAAUAUCUGUUGAUAGUGUUUCUGUAUGGGAAGCAUAUGUGGCGAAAAACAAAGAAGCUACUGGGUACACGCAAGAUUGUCUUGUACUAGGACUCAAUUAGCUUGGUGUUUAGCAAAGAUCAUACUACCGGUGAAGCGGCAAAGGCUGCAGCUGAGAGCUCCAAAGACUCGGAAGAUCUUAGUAACAAAAAGCUCACAUCAUCGGUAACUUCAAGAAGUUUAAAAAGGCAACGGCUAGGUGACUCUUUUACCUCUAUGAUGGCUGAAAAAAUGGACAAGUUCGUUGAAGCACUCAAGGAGGAAGUACCUAAAGGCCCAACAUCAAAAGAAAUUCUAAACACAUUGAAUGAGGUAGAAAGAUUGGACGAAGACACUUUGUUGGAUUUAUUUGAUAUCCUGACUGGUGAUGCACGCAAGUAUGAGUCUUUGUUGGCGCUUCCGGUGGAGAUGACGAAGAGGUGGCUACUAAAACAGCUCAAUAAGUGAAGAAAUUAGUUCAUCUUUAAAUUAUACUAUCAAGUGAACUUGUCUUGUAAUAAUAUGUGACUUCAACUAUAUGAAAGUUUAGAUACUAUGUCUGUUGUGAUUGCAUUGUCAAGUGAUGUGUUAGAUGCCUGACACCCAUGCAACAAUAGUGGAGCUUGGAAUACUUCAUUUAAAUGUCUGAAUUGUAGCAAGUUGUCUGAUUUGAAUGUCUAACAACAAUGGAGACUUCAUU